UUCAAAAAAAAUGGAAAAUUUAAUCAAUCAUAAUCAUAAUCAUAAUCAAUCAUCAUCGAAUUUUAAUGAAAACAAUGAUAAUUUAAUCGAUAUCGUUGAAGUAGAAGAUGAAGAACAAGAACAAGAGCAAGUAUCAAAUUCUGCAGGUGUUCCAAACAAUAAUGAUCAAUCAACAAUGUCGGAAUAUUCUACCUGUGUCACCACAAAUGAUUCCGAUACUGAUUCAUCGACAACAAUUUUGGAAUAUUUUCCAUCAGAUAAAAGUGAUGAUGAUGAUGAUGAUGAUAUUGCGGAAAAUAUUGCUGGAAACAACGAAUCGAAUUUAAAUCUAUCUAAUGAGAUAAACAAUGAUUUAGAAUCAUUGAAUAUGAUGACCGAAACUGAUGUUGAUGAUGAUAAUGAAAAUUUUGAUGACCAUAAUGAUAAUGAUGAUAAUGAUGAUAUCGAAAAACUUUCCUGUUCCAAAUGUUCAUUCAAAUUCGAUACAUCAAAACAAUUGUUACGUCAUCACCGAACACAUCAACCGAAUCGAAAACAUAUUUGUCAUAUUUGUGGUAAUCGUUUUCAAAGAAAAUCUGUACUUGUUCGACAUCAACGUAUCCAUACUGGUGAAAAACCAUUCAAAUGUGAUAAAUGUCAAUAUUCAACAACACAACAAUCCAAUUUAUUAAGACAUAUCCGUAUCCAUACUGGUGAAAAACCAUUCAAAUGUGAUGAAUGUCAGUAUGCAACUGCACGACAAUUUGAUUUACAAAAACAUAUUGGUCGUGUACAUUCAGCUGAUAUGUCAUACAAAUGUAAUAAAUGUGAAUAUAGAUUUAAUUCAGAGAAAAAAUUAAAUAAUCAUAUUGGCCAAAUGCAUACCACUAAUGAUGAUGAUAAUAAUGGGCAAAACAAACAUCAAUGUAAUAUUUGUUCAAAAACAUUUACAAAGAAAUCUCAUCUUGAACGUCAUAAACUUAUUCAUACAGAUGAAAGACCAUUCGGCUGUCAAUAUUGUCAUCGCAGAUUUCGUCAAAAAGAACAUCUAAAUGGACAUAUUAAAAAUUUGCAUAAACAAAUUUGUAAUUAAUUUUUAUUAUUCAACAAAUUACAAUUUAAUUACAAUACUA